UGCCACUAUAAAUAGGUAAUAAUGUAAUUAGCAAGUACUAUUUGUACUUUUUUAGUUGUGUUAGUGAAAUCAAAACGAAUUGAAAAUUAAAAUGAAAAAUUUUAUUAUUUUUGGUUUAUUAAGUUGCAUAUGUGUACAGGCUUAUGAAUUUGAUUGGGAUAAUGUACAAUCUGUAAGAAAUUCUGAUAACAUUGUUAAAGCACAAUUAGGUCCAUUUUAUCCACAUAGAGGUCCUGAAGGCCGUGUUGUUGGAGGCAAUGAAGUUACACCCCACAAAUACCCUCAUCAAGUAGCAAUUUUACUACAACUUGGUGACAAAACUGCUUUCUGUGGUGGUUCUCUCAUUUCAAAGCGUUUUGUUUUAACUGCUGCUCAUUGUGCUAAAGGAGUUUCUAAUUUUACGGUAAUUCUUGGUGCUCAUAAUGUUAAGGAAAAUGAACCAACUCAACAAGUUUUCCAAACAACGGAAAAAAUUGUUCAUCCUCAAUGGCCUAUUACACAAUUUAAAUUAACCAAUGAUAUAGCUUUAAUUGUUCUGCCUCAAGAUGCUGAAUUAAACGAAAAUGUACAAGUAAUUCGACUACCUUCCAGAUCACAAGUGAAUAAUCAAUUUAUAUCAGUUGAAGGAACAGUUUCUGGAUGGGGAAAAGACACAGACGCUGCAACCAGUGUGAGUCCAGUUUUAAGAGAAGCAUCUAAUAAAAUUAUUUCAAAUACAAAAUGUAAUACAUACUUAUUAGGGAUAAUUGAAGACAGUCAUGUAUGCUUAUCAGGGAGUGAAAGUCGUGGAGCAUGCAACGGAGACAGUGGCGGUCCAUUGGUAAUCACUGACUUCGAUGGUAAGCUUACACAAGUUGGACUGGUUUCAUUUGGUUUGUCAUUGGGUUGUGAAAAUAGUUGGCCAUCAGCGUAUACAAGACUUACUUCGUUCUUAGACUUUAUUGCCAGCAACAGUGAUGUUGUGAUUCGAGAGUAGUAAAUGAAGAAAGAAAGAAAGAAAGAAAUGUAUGGGGGACUGUUGAACCUUGGAUUAAAAUUUACAUAAGUUUUUUAAAGUCAUUUUUAUGAAUAUAACAAUGUAAAUAGUCUUUUCUAAUAACACUAUUAGCUC